GUUGAUUAAGUGACUAUAUAUAAUUAAAAAAAAAAAAAAAAGAGGAAAACGAAGCUGCUUUCAAGUAUUGAAGAUACGAGGCCAGGAUGAACACGAAGGACACAAAAGUGACUGAAGGAGGUCUCAAUGUCACGCUUACCAUACGCCUUCUCAUGCAUGGCAAGAGUCCAGUCCUACUGGUUCUACCUUACCCUUGCUCAUAGAAAGCAGGAGGUUGGAAGCAUUAUCGGAAAGAAAGGUGAGACAGUUAAGAAGAUGAGGGAGGAGAGUGGUGCUCGAAUCAAUAUUUCAGAAGGCUCCUGUCCAGAGAGAAUUGUGACAAUAACAGGCCCAACAGAUGCAAUUUUUAAAGCUUUUUCUAUGAUUGCACUAAAAUUUGAAGAGGACAUAAACGCUUCAAUGACAAACAGCACGGUGACAAGCAAACCGCCCGUCACACUGCGGCUCGUCGUCCCAGCGAGUCAGUGUGGAUCCCUUAUAGGAAAAGGAGGUUCCAAAAUCAAAGAAAUCAGGGAGUCCACAGGAGCCCAGGUGCAGGUAGCGGGGGACAUGUUGCCGAACUCGACGGAGCGUGCGGUGACUAUCUCGGGCACUCCCGACGCCAUUAUCCAGUGCGUGAAACAAAUAUGCGUGGUUAUGCUGGAGUCCCCACCCAAAGGUGCCACCAUCCCCUACCGUCCCAAACCUGCCUCUGCACCUAUCAUUUUUGCAGGUGGCCAGGUAAGAGCAGACACCAUUUUGGCUUCAGCUGGAAACCACACCGUCUUGGCCCAACCUCAGCCAGCGCCUGCGUUCACGAUUCAGGGGCAGUAUGCCAUCCCUCAUCCAGACGUGAGUCCAGCGCAUUUGACCAAGCUUCACCAGUUGGCUAUGCAGCAUCCCCCCUUUACUCCCCUUGGGCAGACCACCCCUGGUUUCCCUGGACUGGAUGCCACUACUCCAACCAGUUCCCAUGAACUUACUAUUCCCAAUGAUUUAAUAGGCUGCAUUAUUGGCAGACAAGGCAGUAAGAUAAAUGAAAUCAGGCAGAUGUCAGGAGCGCAGAUCAAGAUUGCUAAUGCCACAGAAGGCUCCGCAGAACGACAAGUUACAAUCACAGGAUCCCCUGCAAACAUCAGCUUAGCACAGUACCUCAUUAAUGCAAGGCUGUCUUCAGAAGUUACUGGCCUGGGGGCUCUGUAAUGUAUCUCAUCAUGCCCUAGUGCAUUAGCCACCAGACAGGACUUUUCCAAAGCCCCAUGAGACAAUGCUUUCUAUGGACUAAUCUACAGAGAAGUUUCUGCCAUUUCUAACUUUCUUAUUAUUCUGAGACAUCAAAAGAAAAUACUUCCUUUACUCUUUAAGCAACUGUGCUUCCUAACUCUUCUGUUGCUUUCAUUACUGUUCCAGUUUUAACACUGUUGUGGCUCAUAACAUAAAGCAAAGAAAAGUUAUUUUUGGGGUAUCUCAUUGAUGUUCAUGCUUUGGCUAAUCUGUAUAAAAGCAUGGGCCGUUAGUGUUCUAAACCACUGUAUUCAGCUAGAGACUCGACAGCAAAUUAAAUGAGACGUUUUUAUAAAUAAAUUUUUUUCUUGAUUUAAAAAAAAAAAAAAAAAAAAAGACGUGGUAGCUUUGUGCAUACAACUGUUGUGUUGUUUAAACUUUGUUCUUUGUAACCAAGUUGCUAAUUUGUCAUUUGAGAAACACUAUUUUAUGGAUUGUCAAACUAAGAUCAUAGACAAAUUGCUUGUUUUCAUUAACGAUUAAAGGUUUCAUAUCAUCACGCUUAAGGUCCCAGUGCUCAUUGGGAAAGAGUGUAACAACUGUGCAAUACUGGCAACGUUAGAAAGUACAUUAGCCCGUUGUCAGGGAUGAUGAGUCUUUUCAGGAUUAGAUGGAGCCAGAUCCUGUGAUUAGAAGAGUAAGCAGUAUUUCUGCAAAACCUUGCUUGGUUUUUAACAAAGCUGCUCUUGGAGAGCUUCUCACACUGCAUAGAAGAGACUGCAUUUGGCUUCUUGCUACAAGAAGCCACCGGUUUGUCGCAUCUCCCAUGUUUUCCCAUACUGAUUUUAAGAUCAGAUACUAGGGAAAGAAAAACUGGAACAAAGGAACAACCUUGGGUACCGAGUACAUUAUUGAUAAGACCUUUCGUAUUUUCCCAUUCCCAGCAGCACUGGUCAGUGACACGAGGCUUCUAGACAGCACCUUUCACCCCGCCGCCGCUGGGAAACUAGCCCAGCAGCAGGGAGGAACAUGAUAAUUUGCAUUGAAAAGGGGGCAUGGAGACCUGGCCCAGGGAAGUGUGUCAUCCUGCCCUGGCCCUCCGCCUAAGCCAUUCAGCUCCUCCUUUGGCUCUGCUGAAGCACUGUGGUCACAGCCUCAAGCUCUCGCUUCACGGGAAAGGGGAAGGAAGGGGCUGGCCCCGAGCUGUGGCUGCAAACAGCACCCCGGCCGCGCCCCGGCCACCCCGCCGCUAAGCCAGCGGCAAGACUUUCACAGUUACUGCUUUAUCCUCAGGAGAAAGCAGAGGCUUUGGCCGUGCAAGUGAGUAGCAUCCUCCCAAAUGGCGUGAGACAAAUACUACAACCUCCGUCCCUGCUCUGCUAAGGUCUAUGCUUGUCUCCGGGUAUUUAGCUUGGGGUCCCGGUGCCCCUCACUGCCCCGGCUGAGCACUUGUGGGGCAGAUCACUCUCAUUUUCCAUGGACUCUAGGGUACGGAGAGUUCCUACGUGUCUGGGUCUUGAGACUAAGCAGGAACUAUGAUAUGAACAAGAUGUGCAUACGGACUUGGAGAACUGUAGCAGUUAACUGCUUUUUCAAUACAGAUGCAGCCACAGAGCAACUCUUGACAAUAAAGGCUGUCAAGGAAGAUUACAGAAUGCCUCAUUGCACCCAGGUAGCCUUACCCAAAGUUGAAUUGGCCCUUCCAACCCUUAGGUUGGAAGAACUAUAGGCUGUAGUACUAAUCUUGGUAAAAUUCCGUGUUAUUAUUACUUAAAAUACAUUUAUAUUACUUAAAAUAUGUUUAACUUCUUACUCUUGAAAGGGGAGCUGAAGCUGCUUUCAUAGGAGAGUCCUCCAUACUCUUAAUUUCCUCAACAGCAAAAGCUAUUUCUCUGGCUAGCCUGGCUAGUAUAAAUAGAAAAAAAAAAAAAAAAAAAAGAGAGAGAGAACAUUAUUGCAGCUCAAUACUAUGUAGGUCAAGGCUUUGCUCUUCCAGUAAAGCUGCUAGGCAAAGGGCAGCAGCAGCUCUGUCGUGUAUAGCAUCUUUCACAUAAGUAAUUCCCAUAUGCCUUGCAGAAUUGACUAGAAAAGACUGAGAUCUAAACCAACUAGUGCAGGGGCAUAUUUGUGUGUGGCAUGAGGAGAGGUAAAAUAAAGCCACCUAGAGAAAGGAAGGAAAAAAAAGUCGUCUUUUGAGAGGGCUUUUGCAAAGAAUACAGGCAGAAAUGUUAUAAAAUCUGGACUAACUAUGGACUAAUUUUAAUUACUUUACUUGGAAGAGAAUUCUGAAUGGCAAGAAAAAGUUCCUGGACAGCUUUAAUAUACAAAACAGCCAAACAAAACACAAGAAGGUACAGCUGGAGGGGGAAAAAAAAAAAAAGUAAAAAAUAAUAUUAUCCAAGAUAGAAAACUAAACCCACUCGUGCCCAAAGGUAGAUAAGAGGAAGCAAGCACUUGAUACGAAAAGGUCACUGCCCACAGAACUGUGAGCUUCCAAAUGAAAGACAGCGCAAGUUCUGCAGCUUUCACACCAUCAAAUCGGUAUCAGAGUUCUGGCAAACAUCUCAAACGAAUUCAAGGAGCUCUGCUGUGUUUCUCAAGUAAAAAAAAAAAAAAAAAAAAUAGUACGAAUGCUGGCUGGAAUAGUCAACCAGAAGGAAAAAGAAACAAAGUUAGAGGUAUUCAUCCCCAUGACUUAGUCCAUUGCUAAUACACAGCAUGCUUUCUGUUCUCAGAGCCAGGAGGCAUCUGUGGGCCCCGAGGUGGGUAUUUGUGCCAGUCAGGGCUCCGAGGAAGCUGACAGCGUAGAUCUCAGUGGUGCACCUGGUAAGUGCCCCAGCCUCACCAGGCUGCAAGGGCACAGCGUUUCUGUGAGGUUUCACAAGACUGUCUUAAAGUAUGCGCUGAACCUUCCCUACCUGAAGUAGGCAGAGAUGGAAGCGGUCCUGGUUUUUUCAUUUUUAAAUACCCAACAGCAUGAAAAUCCAGAGUGGGAUGGGGGAGAUUCUUCCAUAGCCUCCAGCUCAGCUGAGAUGUAUUUCAGCACUGUUUAUGUACUUGGAAUGAGACCUUCCCCAUCUCGAGCGAGUGUCAUGAUUAUCAAAGUCACAUAUGCUAAUUCAAUCAUUUUACAGUGGCACAGCUUCUCCAGGAAACACUGAAAUUCCCAGGCUGCUCAGAUAGAUCACAGGAACUGGAUGUUCAAAGCACAGCGGAGACAACAGGGAUUUGGACAGAGAUUUCUUAUAUCCUCCAUAACUGGUAUAACCACAAAUUACACAAGGCAUUAGUCCCUCUGCAAUUUUUUGGAAAGAAAGAUCUGGUUUAGAUACCUACACAAGGGACUUGCUCACAUUUCUUUUCCCAGCUGACAGGCCAGGAUAGUCCUAAGUGAAGCAAUGAACGGAAGAUGAAAUGGAAGGCAGAUACUGAAAAACUGCUUCACACCAGAAAAUUUCAGUCUCUUGGCCUGAGCGACACUUUCUAGGGAUGCAGGUACAUACUGCCUUUCUUGCCACCAACGUGUACCUACUCCUUGGUCCCAGGAAGGAACGCAGUAAUGUUGAUUAAAUCAGUUUCUGCAUCAAUACAUGUGUCCAGUCACUCUACAGACUGGCAUAGGUCUCAAGACAGUAACUGAAAGAGAAGUGUCAAAUUCAUCUGAUGGUACCUAACAAAAGGGAAUUUCUGAAACAUUAUAUACUCACAUUAUGGUUUCUAAUGACAGCUAGAGCGUGAUUCCUAGUGGUUGAAUGUCUGAUUUCCUAGUGCAAGUUUUCUUAAGUAUAAGUAAAAACAAAGUAUUUUUAAGUGCUGAAAAUAUUUGAGUAAUAUGACUUUUAUUGUUAGAGCUACUUCUAACUCUAUGUUUUUAAGAUGAUAAAAUGAAGACAAUUUAAUUACAGUGGCAUGUAAUAAGCAAAAUUUGUAUCUAUCUCCUCAAAUUGCAUUUCUUGGCAGGGGGCCUGACCAAAGCUAAUGUUAAUGUUCUUUUUAACCACUCUUUGUAAUCCUGAAGCAAAUUUUGAAAUUAUAUGCUUUAGGGAAGAAAUGACAAACAAUCAUGUUAGCAAAUGAGAAGAUCGCUUUGUUUGUUGUUGCUAUUUUGGUUUGGUUGUUUUUGCGCAAUCACUUUGGACUCCUCCCUACCAAAUACAGCCCUUUUCCCACAUGUACUUCUAAAUCACGGCAGGAGCAGCUUGUUUCUUCCAUGGUGGGAGAGAAGUUAGCACACAGAUUGCCGUUUGUGACUGAGGGCACUUGCCAGAGAACAGCUAACUACCAACAACUGGCAGUUGCAGCUGUAGUUAGCUGCUCCCUGCAGAGCUGCUACUUGGAACUCUGGUUCACACACACACACACACACACAUAUUCUGGCCCUGGAAGCCACUUGGGAGUUUCAACACCCUUGAGCUGGGGAAUCACAACUACUUUUUGGUGGCAUGAAAUAACACAGUUCUUAAAUCUGGGCAACACUCUCCAUUAUUAUAUCAGUAAAUAAGAAUUACAAAUGCUAAGUCCUCCCUUUUAAUUCCGAUUCUUCAGUUUUCUGAAAGUCAGGGAGAUCAGAGAAUUAAAAUAUUCUUCUCAAUUCCAGUGUGCCAGAGAGUAAACCAUUUUUAAUAGCGGCUAAGGACAGAACUAGUUAUUAGGAUGACUGUCUUUAUUGUUUAAAAAUAUAAUUCAAGAAAGUUAAGAAGUUAGAAAUUAAGGAAGCCCGUAUUUUUAAAAAGUUACUUGCUCUAGUUAAUCAUCUAGCUGAAUAGCUUAUCAGAAGUUCAUAUAAUUGUUUUCUAAAACUGAGGGCAGACUUAAAAUUGAAAAACAUAGGCAUAAUGAACUUACAAGAGACAGGAGAUCAUUUACGUUGAUAAAUUAGCUUGGCUUCAGAAAGGUUGGGGUAACCCUCUUUUCCCUUACAGCCACGCCACUUUCACUGCUAACAAGCAGGAUGAUUUCUUGCCUUCUUGACACAAUAGCACAGGUACGUCAGUGGUCACGUAGGAUACAGACAGCAAAGUCAGUCCUGUCUUCUUCACAAAGCUCUCUACAAGCUUUGUUUUAAAAGCUGAGGAAAUGUACAGCUGUAUACAAUAAGCUGGAUAAAACUCGUAGAAAACACUAUUUGUGGAUCUAUGAGAUUCCUCCAAGGAAAAAAGCACCGACUCCUAAACAAGCAACAACCAAGAGGGACGAAUGCCGUCAGUUACUUCCUCAGCAAUACAGACGCCCACUGGCUUGUCCACCGCCUUUACCCUUUCAACAGAAGUUAAGCAAGGAAAACAAACAGUGAUGAGUGGUCUGGUGUUUACUCCUGCCAUCUACUCCUAAUAAUUAAAACAAGGGGCUGCAGUGGUUUGGAUUUGAACAUAAAAGCUCCCUGCACUGUAACUAAACUCGCUGGCUUUAGCUUCUUAUCCCUAGGCAUCUCUAAAGCGGUCGGCAGCUGAACUAAAUCACCUGGACUGAUUUAAUGCUCAGCUCCUUUCCUAUUUAUCUGCAGCUGAAACCAUGAUUUGCAGAUUCCUGUACAAAAGUAAAGUUACAGAUGUACGUACCCCAUUUUGAGUGCAAGUUAUAAACGCCGAGAGUAACUUUUUUAUACUGUAGAAACAUACAGGUUCGUGACACUUCGUGUAACCUGGCUUUCGCCCCAUCUGUUUCGCUGACAUUAGGCUGAAGGCAGAGCGGUUCUGAAGUUGUGUUAACAAGCUAGUAUGCUUUGGUGAGUGAGGGCAGCGAAAAGCAAAGAUAAGCAGGACUACCAGAAACUCUGCUUAGCUCUUCUGAGAGUGAAGCUGGGGGAUUGUCUUUUGUUUUGUUCUGAAAAAAAAAAAAAAACAAACUGUCCAUCUGUUAAUAUUGUACCUCCCCCUCAGCUGAAAGUCCUCUUUACACUAACAAACAGAUCUAGAGAUCUUUCACUACAGCAUGACAGGUACCUUAUACAUUGAUAUCCAAAUGUUUCACACUAUAGAAGGAAAUUUUAUUUCAGUUUUGACCCAACUAAGUUUUCUCCAGCUUGCCAUUAUCUGUUUCAAUAUUCCGAAUGUUUCUGUAUUUCAGUAAUCUCUGAACGUUGCUACCUCAACAACAGUACUAAUUCCUGUAAGACUGCAGCGUUGUGCCAAAAAUUUUAGCAGUGACAGCUUCUUACACUUACUGUUAUCAACUAAAAAGCAAUGGCUGUAGACCAGCAUAUGUGAGCAGGAAUAAAUGCAUGCACCAAACUGCUAAAGACCAUUGCUUGAAUUUUGAAAGCUUUAUAAAGAGCUGGACCCAAGGAUCAUGGAAACCAGAAGUGGUAAAAAGCACCUCACAACAGGGAAAGGGCUCCCACCAUAUCAGGUCUUUCUUCCAAAACAAGCAAAUCAAACACCUAGCUUUAGUUUUUCUCUUUAUUACUUGGUUAAUAAACAUCUUUGAGGCAAUUAUCUAGAAUGCUCUCAUAAAAACAAAGCUUGUUUUCUCCCUUUAAAACCUAACUUUUAAAACUAGAAUCUUUUUUAAAAAGAAAAAUGUUAAGCUGUUGCUUUACAACUUUUUGCUAAAAAAAAAAUUCACACAUUUCUCCUAUUUUUUCAAAAGUCCUCAGCAAAUUUGAAAUGUUUUAAGAUUUGCAAAAGUAAAAAAAUAGACAACUAAAAACAAACAAAAACAAAAAAAAAACCCCACACACUUACCAAAGCUCAAGGUAAUUCUGCUUUCCAUGUCCCAGUCUUGCCAGAUUUGUUGGUUCUUGAUUUUACUUCAUCCAUGUUUAUCAGAACAGAAAUCACUUUUAGAUGCUCUCCAUGCCUCAGAUAACAUCCUACGAAAAUUUCCAAUAUUUACAGCUAGAGAAAUUAUUUUACCUCAUCAGUUUCGAGUGCAGUACCUUCCUCUCUGGUAUUUCAUCACUCUUUUAUUUAGUUAUGCAAAUAUGUAACCAUUGUGUUUUCAUCGCCCUGGCCCAAGAAAUGUCAGGAAUGCUACGCUGCGGCUGCGCUAAGCAAAACAAGAUACUAUAAAGA